UCCGCGUUACAGAAUCUGCAAAUGAACGUGUAUGGCCUAGUAACUUUUCUCUUAUGCAGUUAGUUGUUCUGUAUACAGUUAGAAAGACUGCAUAUAACUGUAGUGAUACAAGUGUUUAGAUAACUACAUAUUCUUAUAUGUACUUUUUUCGUAAAGUUGUUAAAAUUUAUACGACGUUUUAUCGGUACAUCAGUUCUACACAUUGUAUGACAACUUGAGUGUUUCAUAAAAAUAUUACUUAAAAAUCGUUAUUAUUUUAAACUGUCAUAUGAUGUGACGAUUGAAAAUACAAAAGUGUUGAUGUUGUAUUAAAUCAUGUUUUAAUGAACAUAGAAUGUGAUUGUAAAUGUUGUAAUAAUCCAAAUUCAACAUUAUUUAGUUAUACCAUAACUGACGCCAUUGUGUGUAUUUGUUUUCAAAAUUUUACCACAAAUGAAAUAUUAUUUUGCUAGAUAAAAUUGAAGUGAACAUGAAAAUAUUAUAAAAAGUUUUAUUAAGUAUCUACUUGAAUGAAUGUUGUAAAAAAAUUAACAUAAUAAAUUACUGAGAAAAGUUUAUUACUUAAACUGGCAACGCUACAUAAACCCUUCGUAACAUUCACACCUGACAAUGGCCAGUUACGUCAGACUUGGUUCUGCACGACAAUCCGAUGAAACAAUGAAUGAUGAUAAUGACGAUAAAGAUGAUACAAAACGAAAAUCAAGAAAUCUGAGUGAAAAAAAAAGACGAGAUCAAUUUAAUAUGUUAGUCAAUGAACUUGGAAGUAUGGUGAGCACUAAUACAAGAAAGAUGGAUAAAUCAACAGUUUUGAAAUCUACGAUAUUGUUUUUGAAAAAUCAUAAUGAAAUUGCUGUGAGAUCACGAGCUCAUGAAAUUCAAGAAGAUUGGAAGCCAUCAUUUUUAUCAAAUGAAGAAUUUACUCAUCUUAUUCUUGAAGCUCUUGAUGGUUUUAUAAUGGUAUUUUCAUCUAACGGACGAAUUUAUUAUGCAUCAGAAAGUGUAACUUCACUUCUUGGUUAUCUACCAAGUGAACUUUCAAAUUCAACGAUAUACGAAAUAACUUAUGAGGAGGAUCAAUCCUUACUCUACAAUAUCUUACUGAAUCCCACGACAACUCGAGAACAAGGAAUUAAAGAAGAAAAUCAAGUGUCAUUUACUUGUCAUAUAAAAAGAGGAAGUUUAGAUUUCCAAGAAGAACCAACAUAUGAGAGAGUUCGAUUUGUGGGAUAUUUUCGUUCAGAUAUAGACAUUGAAUCAUUAAUACCAAGUAGCAGAUAUGGAAAUAAUAUCACCAAUGAUCCUAAAAUAGUUUUUGUAGGAACAGGACGUCUUUUAACCCCACACUUAAUCCAAGAUAUGUCUCUAGUUGAUGGUAGUAAGUCAGAAUUUACAUCACGACAUAGUUUAGAAUGGAAAUUUUUGUUUUUGGAUCAUCGUGCACCACCUAUUAUUGGAUAUCUUCCAUUCGAAGUUUUGGGAACUUCAGGUUAUGAUUAUUAUCAUGUUGAUGACCUAGAUAAAGUUGUGACAUGUCAUGAAUCUCUCAUGCAAAAAGGUGAAGGUACUUCUUGCCAUUAUCGAUUUCUCACUAAAGGUCAGCAAUGGAUUUGGCUACAGACUCGCUUUUACAUAGAUUAUAAUCAAUGGAAUUCUAAACCGGAGUUUAUAGUUUGUACACAUAAUGUUGUUAGUUACACAGAAGUCAUAAAACAAAUUAAAAAUAUUAAAGAUGACGCGAUGAUUAAUCAAACAACUACUUCAUCGUCGGGAAUUCAGCAAGGAUCAACUCCACAACAAACACCAACUAAUACUUGGUCUCCGAAAUCGUGGAAAGCAUCAAGAUCAGGAAUGACUCCUUCUAGAAACACUUAUCAUGGUGGAGGUUCAGAUACUACUUCAAUAUCUCAUAGAUCUCAUAGCUCUCGGCAAUCAACAUCACUUACUACACAUAGUAAUAAGCAAAAAGUUACUCCUGGAAAUAAUUCUACACCAUUGCCUCAACCUGAAACAUCACCUCAACAACAUAGUCAACCAAAAGUAGAUCUCACAUGUUCUGGAUACACGGAGCCUACAAGUUUUCCAAAUAAUCCAAUUUUAUCAAACAUUCCUACGACAAGUUUUCUUGUUCCUGCGGUCCCAACAGUUCCUAUUACUCUUCCCAGUAAUAUAACAUUAGGGAAUCAACAAAAUAUUGUAUUGACUCGAACCCAAAACCAAAUACAAGACGAACUUCAACGAAAACAUGAAGAACUUCAACAGUUAAUUGUUCAUCAACAAGAAGAACUUCGAAGAGUUUCUGAGCAAUUAUUAAUCGCAAGAUAUGGUACAUUACCUCCUUUAAUAAAUGUUAAUUUACCGUAUAAUGUGAAUCCUUGUCAACAGCCUACGACAUGCGAUGAUCCUUCAAGCGGAAAUGCUUCACAAGAAGCUGAAACUGUGACAGGAAUGAAUAUUUUACCAGUUCCUGUAACUCUUCCAUUACCGAUUGUUCCUAUGGAAACUUUUCCACAUUCUACUACCGUUAUUCCUGUAGCAGCUCCCAUUGUAAUUACUUCUCGAGUUACUGAUACACUUCAGGUAAAUCCUGGAGUUUCAUACAUAACUCAACAACGACUAUCUCAAGAUGCUACCCAACAGUUGCCACGGCAUGAAUCUCAACAAAUUCAGCACAUUCAACAAGCCCAAGCAAUACAUCAGGAUAAUCAUGGGAGUCAUAUAAUACCUUUUCAAUUGUGCCAACAAUCAGAAAUGAUUUACAGCAAUGUUGAGCCAUCAGUUACAAGACAAAAUCGCUCUAGUAUAAACCAAUAAUAAAUAAUUCAAGAUUUAUUUAUUUUCUUAAAUUUAUUGUGCCAUUUUCUAUGAACUUUAUUAUUCAUUUGCAAUUCUAUUAGAAAAGUAAUAAUUUAAAAAAAUAUUUUCAAAAAAAUUUAAACCAAAGUCAAAUGUGUUUAUUUGUGAUGAAAAUUUUUAAUCAAUGAUUGAUUUAGUAAGUAAUGAUGGAAACCUGAAAUAUUUUACUAAUGAAAAAUAUUAUAUUGUACACCGAUUUUCAUUCAUAAACAGAUGAGAUAUUUUUAAGUAUAAAAUAACA